AUGGGAGGUUUCAAGCUCAACAAUGUCGCGCACAUAUUUGCGCUCCUGUGCGCCAUCAACUUGCUUCGCUACCUCAACAGAGGGAUCAUCCCUGGCGCGCCUGUCGAGUUCCAAGCGUUCGUCCAGAAAACGGUCGAGAAACAAGACCUGUCGGUUCACGCGACCCACCCUCCCAGCAACGUCAGUACGUACUUCGGCCUCCUCGUGUCAGCCUUCAUUGCGUCCAACUCGAUCUUCAUUUGCGUUUUCGGCUACAUGAGCAUGACUCGUCGCCCUUUCCUCCUCUCGGCCAUCGGUCUCUUCACCUGGGUACUAGCCAUCGUGUUGUGCGGCCUUGCCAAGCCCCUCGAGAACUUCUAUGUUCUCCUCAUCGGUCUAUUGCUCAGCGGGAUCGGCGAAUCCUCCUUCCACGCCACAACUCCCCCCUUCAUCGACGAAUUCGCUCCAGCCAAGUCGCGCACAUUGUGGCUCGGCGUGUUUUACUGCGGAAUCUCGGUCGGGACCGCUCUUGGGUACACUUACGGUGGGAUCAUGGGCAAGAUCUGGGACUGGGGUUUCUACAUCACGGCAAUCGUCAUGUUCCCCAUGGCGUACGCGUGCUGGCAGUGGAUUCCUGAGCACUACGAUUACCCGUUGGCGCACGGCGGGACCAAGGACCUCGAGCACAUUGAGAGCCGCAAUAGCCUCAUGGGUCCUGGGUCGGUUAACCAAGGCGAAGUCCAAGCCGAAAUCGCCAAGGAAAUAUCGAUGGACGUCGAGCACCAAGCGAAGACAUCUGUGUUGUCGGAAGUCGUCGUGAUUGUAAAAGACCCCAUGUUCAUCACGGCCACUCUCGGAGUCGCCGCCUACUCGUUCACGCUAGCUGGCAUGGGGGCGUUUGCUCCUGCGAUCUUGAUCGGGUACGGUAUCCUGAGCGAAUCGAUUGCGUCGACCGCGUUUGGCGGGAUUGUUGUCUUGUCCGGCAUCAUUGGGUCCCCUCUUGGCGGCUGGCUCAUUGACUACCAAAGCCGCGGCCACGAGGACGACGAAACAUUCCGGCUGCACGUUGCGGCUCGCCAAAUGAUUGUAUUCAUGACCAUGGGCGUCGGGUUUGCCUUCUUGUCGUUGGCGUUCAUGGGCAACACCGCCGUCUUCCUUGUGUGCCUGCUCCUCGCGCUCAUCUUUGUCUUCACGACCCAAGCGGCCCAGACCCUCGUGAUCCUCUACAGUGUGUCCAAGAACCGCCGCGGAUUCGCUAUGGGUCUCAAUACUUUCUUCCUCCACUUGUUCGGCGACGUCCCUUCGCCCAUUGUGCUCGGCGCCCUCAAGGACAUGUGGGCGCCCAACUGCGGCAGCGUGUAUAACGAACGGAACGAAGCCAAGCUUGACCCCAAGUGCUCCCAAGACAAGGACGGCCUUCGCUACGUUCUCAUGUUUUCGUACGCGUGGCUGCUCUGGUCCGUCCUUAUGUGGGGCCUUUCGUACUUCAUCGCCCUCCACCGCCUCAACAAGGCCAGGGCACUCGCAGCCGCCCCUGUCGUCACCCCUGUGCAGUAA